GUGAGCAGGGAGGUGGGGUCUUAGAGGAGACAAGAUCCCCAGAUGACUUUGGCAGGGCCCAUUCGGCUAGGAUUUCCAGGGCUCCAAGGCUGCAACUCCUCCUUGGCGGAGCUAGGGGAGGAAGUCUCGCCUUCCAGAAGGGGGAAAGAACUGGGCUCUCCCAUUUCCCCGGCAGAGGCGGAGUCCCAACGAUGAGAGAAGUCCAUCUGGAACCUGAGCCCGACAGACAGACAGACAGACGGACCCAGAGGGACAGACGGGCAGACAGAACCACUGAUGCAUUUGUGCAAUCGCAUCCCUGGGGAACCUCCCAUUUCGGCAGCCUGGCCCCCAGAGCGAGAGGAAGCUGAUAUCAUAAUUAUUGGCUCACCCUGGCAGCUGCCUCCCCUCACCUGAUGUCAGCGCAGAACCCCGGAGCUCCCCAAGGCCUGCGCACGGCUUCUGCCCCCCCCAAAACACGGCCCCCUGCCGCCCAGCCCCCCGAGCCUGGCGCGCCCCACGCCGACCUGCUUCGCUGAGAAGCCGACUUUCUCUGAAGCCAGAAUCAGGUGAUGGUCUCUCUGCUCCAGCAACCAUCUGAAAUCCCACUGACCCCCCCGGAGAGCCUCGAGGGAGAGCAUCAGGAAGAUCUCAUGCAGACCCAGCUCUCCCCAACGGAGAAGUACCAGGGCUUCGGUUAUGAGGACGGGCCGGCGGCAGGGAGCCCAGGACGCUUCCUCAAAGGCAGCCAUGUCCCUUUCCACUCUUAUAAGCGGCAGUUCAACGAGGACGUUUUUCUCGAGGCGCACCCAGCCCUUGGCCUGGAUGGACACUCCUUCAAGAGCCCGGGCUGCAUGGAGACUUUUGAGGACGUGGCCAGCGCCGGGCACACUGAACCAUUCACUCCCAGCUUCUCGGCAGAGGCCGCUGCCUGGUGCAAUGGUCCCCACUAUCCGAGCCAGGAGCACAGCCCACAAAUGAUGGAGUAGAAGAGAAGAAAUUGCAAGGGGUAAUAGAGAAGAUCCAAGGAAGAAAAUGGACUUGAGGGGGCAGCUAGGUGGCGCAGUGGAUAAAAGAACCGGCCCUGGAUUCAGGAGGACCUGAGUUCAUAUCUGGC